CCUGCCCCGUGCCAGCGUCCGAGGGGCGCCGCGGAUCCUCACCGCCAGGCCAGCGGGAAGGGUGCCGUGAUUGAAUCUGAAGGAAAUCAGAUGUGCGAGAGUGAUCGAAACGCGCUAAGAUAGAGGAUCUUGCAGGAGUUUAAGCGCCGUCGCGGUGGAGAUGAGAUCGAUAGAGAGGAAGGAAGGAAGGAAAUGGAUGCUAUCUGUCCGAGGGCGCUCCCGCUGCCUCCUCUCCAGCCCGCCCAUCUCCGACGGUACCUUCCGCCGCCCCGCUCCGCGCUCCCGCCGCCCGCGGCCGCCGGGCCACACACGCCACCGCCACCGGUGCGACGGCCCCGGCGAGGCCCGCGGCAGCAGGUACCGACCUCCGCCGCCGCGGCCCGGGAGGGGCGCGGAGGAGCGCGGGAGGAGGAGGAGGGCGAGCUCGGUGGCGGCGCGGCCCGGAGCCAGCCGCCGCGAGUUCCCGCCGAGGAGACCCUGACCCCUUGCUCCGCACCGCUCCGCACCCCUCCGCGCCGCACAGCGGGGUGCGCGCAGCCUGCCCGCUCUACGGCGGAUGGACAGAUCGCCCGGAUCGUUUUUAUUUUUAGACGAAUGCCCCUUGUUGUUGAUUUUUUUUUACUCCCCCCUAAAUUUCUGUAGGUUGCUAUGUGGCAUGUUGUUUUCAUUUCUUGACUUUUUGAAAUAACUAUUUGGAUUUAAAUUUAUCGAACAACCUGUUAUCCAUAUGUCUGUCCGA